AUGUAUGCGGUAAGGAGUGUGGGAUGGCAAUGUAUACAGCAAAGGGGCGAAAAUGCGGCGGAAACAGGGAGCUGCUGCGGUGGUGCCUGGUGUUGGGGCGAUUGUUGCCAUGGUAAUGAACACUGGGUUGCCAGGGUUCCACGUUUUGUUGUCAUGGCAACGGUUGCAGGGUUACGGGCCCUUGUGGUUGCAAGGGUGUUUGUUGACAGUUGCAUCAUAAUGUAUUCGCUUUGCGAAAGCUGUUUUGUAAAAGAUCUUGCUUCUAUGAAGAAUCCCGUUUCUGCAAUAAAGCAAUCUGUGUUUGCCGAUGUGCUAAGAGUAAAACGCUGGUUCCCGAUAUAUAUAGUGCAUUAUAUGGUUACUAUGAAAAAUUUCAUGAUUUUUAGUAUGUCUUAG